CCCCAGCCUCAGUGACCACCCCGCCGCCGUGGUGUAGUGACGCACGCUCCUCCUCCACUCUGGCGUCCUGGCCUUACCACUGUACACCACAACCUCCCACAACCCUUGGCCUCACACACAACUAGUCCAGUGGUUGUGGCGGCGCGUGUGGCCAGGAGUGGGAGGUCAUAACCCCAGAGCUGAGGCCAGUCGUCCUCAAGGAGGGGAAGCUGUGUGCUCCUUAGUUAACCAGGCAUUUUGAAGUUAGGUGGUAGUAGAAGCGUGAGUUAUGUACAGCAAAGUGCGGAGAAAGUCGCCGCCAGCACUUGUGGGCCCACACACUCUUGAGUGAAGGUGGUGGUGGUGUGAGAGGAAUGAUGCGGCGGCUGCGGGCGGUGGUGUGGGUGUUGAUGGGCCUGGCGGUGUUCACCUGCAUCGCCUCCGUCAGAUGGUUCAUCCACUCGCCCUCCUUUGACGACCAUAGGCUGCCUUACACUUCCGUCAUUCCGGCCUCUGCAGAAAUGCUCCCUUUGUCUCAUGUGGCACUUAGGAUGAAGCAGCGUAAACAUAAUGUAGAGAGGAUGUGUCCAGCAGACUUUUGGCGGGAAGCUGCUGGUUCUGGGGUCUCUGAUGUGGAAGACCCCAUUACGGAGGAGUUAGUGGCUAACCCAAAAAUGCUCAAUAACCUUAUUGUUGAUGACAAAAAUCAUAUAUUAUACUGCUAUGUCCCUAAGGUGGCAUGUACAAACUGGAAGAGGAUCCUAUUGAUGCUGAUAGGUGGAACAAACUUUACAGAACCAUUUUCCAUUCCUGCUGACAGUGUUCACCGUAAGAAUGUUUUCACAAAACUUGGAGAUUUAGAGCCUCAGGAAAUUCGUCAUCGUCUUCACACAUACACAAAGUUCCUCUUUGUCCGUCAUCCAAUUGAAAGAGUACUUUCAGCAUUCAGAAACAAAUUUGAAAAAAAUUAUACAUCAUCCUCUUACUUUAAAAAGCGCUUCGGUGUGAAAAUAAUCAAGAAAUAUAGAAAAGGCAUUGAUCCAUCUGAAGUUCCAGCCAAUGGUCAUGGAGUGAAGUUCUCAGAGUUUGUCUCAUAUUUGAUAGACUCCAAAGCUGAUCAAUUCAAUGAACAUUGGGCACCUAUGUCUUCUAUAUGCCAUCCAUGUUCAGUCAGAUAUCAGUUCAUAGGGAAGUAUGAGACACUUGCUGAGGACUCAGAAUACAUCUUGAGGCAGGUUGGAGCACCACCGUCCCUUCACUUUCCUGAUGUUAUUCCCUCCAAGACAACAGCCCAUGUCGAGCCCUAUUUUGAUACGCUAUCAAAAACACAACAGAUGGACCUUAUUAAGAUAUAUGAAGAUGAUUUCAGAGUAUUUGAUUAUCAUUUUAGAGAUCUUAUUUAGUAAUUAGCAUUGGAGUCCUCCUAACCCAGAUCAGUAGAGACUGGAUCUCUUCCCUUGCAUCCAGCAUUUCAUUAAAACUAGAUUUUUUAUUUUUGUUACAAUAUUUGGCAAAUUUAAGGUACUGUAUUUUGAUUAGCACAAAUGACUGAAUGCAUAUUUUUGUUUAUUAAAUAACAAAAUAAAGAAAAUGACAAAAUAAUUAAA